UUCAACCAUAAUUCUUUUUGGCUUAGGCAAGAGAAGCCGAAAAAAUGGCGGCUUAGUUUUCCCUCUCUUUUCAAAAACCUCUCUAAAUACUUCCCGCUUCUUCAGAAACCCUAAAAUUCUCUUUCCAAAUUUUAAAUCCCUCUCAUUCAAUUCCUUACUGCUGUAAACAUUAGCUCGAAACGAAUCUCUGAUUCUCUUUUAUCGAUUUCUUUGAAUCCACUCUCUAUAUCAAUUUCGCUUACUCUAUGAAUACCCUUUUGAUCGAAACCCUAGAACCUGACUCUGGUCCUGGUCCUUCUCAAAAUCUUUAUCACUCGCCGCGUAAAGAGACUCUAAAUGACCGUUCGUUGGUUUCUUUAUCUUCUAAUCGAGAUGGGUCUUCAUCAAUUUCGGCUGUAGUCCCUUCUGCUUCAAAAACCCUUGAUGGGUCUUCAUCAAUGGAAGAGAGUGAAACUCCCGACGAUAAUCAAGAUGGCUGUCAAUCUUUGAUUCGUUAUGGGCCUCAGCCUUUGAGUAUCGAUGGAUCUUCGGAAUCAGUGGGUCCCCAAGAACAUCAAUUAGACUGUGAUGUUGAAGAAGAAGAUAAUUACGAAGAAGUUUAUCGCGAUUCCUUGCAACCGAACUUGAACUCACGGUUAGAGAAGGUGUGGCCUAGUAGCAACAUUCCGUGUCCGUCUAGCGGAGAAUUUUUACAAAUCAGGCCCACUGGAGUGGGGGCAGGCCUUGAAAAUUUAGGGAACACAUGCUUUAUCAAUGCAAUAUUGCAAUGCUUCACUCAUACUGUGCCCUUUGUUCAACGUCUUCGUACUUGCAAUCACGUAAAGCCGUGUGAUGGUGCUAUUGAAGGAUUCUGUGUCAUUUGUGCUCUUUGUGAUCAGAUUGACCUUUCAUUAGUGUCUUCAGGGAAAGUUGUCUCUCCCUCAAAACUUGUGGAUAAUUUGCACUACAUUUCAUCUUCUUUUGAGAGAUAUCAGCAAGAAGAUGCCCAUGAGUUCCUGCAGUGUUUGUUAGAUAGACUUGAAAGAUGCUGUUUGAACUCUAAGAAAAUCGAUGAGAGUUUGUCUUGCAAAGAUAACAACAUAGUGGAGCAGGUUUUUGGUGGCCGCCUCAUUAGUAAAUUGCAAUGCUGCAAUUGUGGCCAUUGUUCUGACACAUAUGAACCACUGAUUGACCUGAGUUUGGAGAUUGAAGAGGUUGGCUCUCUUGAAGCUGCACUGGAAUCUUUCACCAAGCUGGAAAGGAUUGAAGAUCCAGAGACAAAGUUUACUUGCGAGAACUGUAAGGAAGAAGUGUCAGUGGAAAAGCAGCUUAUGCUGGACCAGGCUCCUUUGGUUGCUGCAUUUCAUUUGAAAAGAUUCAAAACUGAUGGAUCCUAUAUUGUGAAGAUUGAUAAGCAUGUUGAAUUCCCUUUGGAGCUUGACUUGAGGCCCUACACCAAUGAUGGUCAAAAUAGUGAUGUGGUGUUAAAGUAUCAUCUAUAUGCAAUUGUGGAGCACACUGGGUGUUUACCAACUUAUGGGCAUUACUUCUCUUACAUUCGAUCUUCUCCAGACACAUGGCACAAGCUGAAUGAUUCAAGGGUUACAAGGGUCGAUGAGGAUGUUGCUCUCUCCCAGGAUGCCUACAUUCUGUUCUAUGCUAAGCAGGGCACCCCGUGGUGUGUGAGUUUGUUGGAAGCUGAGAAGUGCCUGGAUACCUUUUCCAAUUUAUCACCAAAGUCAGUUCUUGAUAAUAUGGACGGUGGUUUUACUCACUAUUGUAGGGCAACAAAUGCUGAAAUCAAUGAAUCCAGAGAUACUUAUGGAGGUAGUUCAAGCCAUUUCUCAUGUGAAACAAGACCAGAGGCUCUUAAGGUCAAUGAAACUAGUGAUGCUGUGGAGGUAAUUUCUGCAUCUUUUAUCACAGGUUCAAGGCAGAAUGUAUCCAAAUUUGAGACUAGAGAUGAUUCUCCCUUGAUUGAUGCUUUGAAGCCCCUUACAAAGAGUGAUUGUCAUGGAGUCUUUUCGAGUGAGAAAUUAGAUAAUUUGCCCUCUCAUGAGGAAAGUAAGAGCUCUCAGGGUGUUGGCAAAGUUAACAGCAAUGAUUGUUUCCGUCCUUUGACACCAUCCCGAUCUCCUAGUCCAGAUGAUUAUCCUAAUAAGCCUUCAGAAACCUAUGCUGCCCCUCGAGAGCAUCUAAAACUGGAUCAUUCUAAAUUGGAGGAUCAAGUAAAUGGCAAAAGACAAUUGGAAAGGGAUGGUAAGGCUUUUGAGAGACAGGAAGCUAUUCGCUGCCUUAAGAGGAAUAUGACUGGCUCAAGGUGCUUGAAACUUAUGGCUGCUAUAAAUGAUGAUUCUAUGAACAAGAAAAGAAGACUUAAGUCAUCUCCAUGUAAAAGGUCCAGCCCACGAAGUGCUCGCCGCAAACACAGCCAAAGCUUGGUCAUGCGGCGUGUGGCAAUAUGAAGCUGAGAAGUUACAGAAAUGAUAGAUUUUAAGGUUGAGGCGCCUAAUAUUAUACUGAAUGUUACAUUGGUCUUGUGUCUACAGGAAAAAUGUAAAGUUCAGUUUUAAUGCGAUGAAUCAUUUUGCUGUUAUAUUCUUGGAAGUAGGAUAAAAAUUUUUAGUUUCUAAAUGAGCUGAAUUGCUCAAUUGUCUUACUACCCCAGGCAUUGCUACGAGUUGGCCUUGUUGUGAAGCACUGGUAGUAAUAACUUAUAAUCCAAGAAGGCUUCAUGUCUUUCAUUUUAACA